GGUCUACCUAGGCGGUUUCCUGGCCCCUGUGUUUCUUCCGUACGUAUGGAAGACGUCCCGUAUAUGGCACUCUUAAGAUCUCGCCUGUAUAUUCGUACGACACAUGGUCUUCUUUCUUCAUGAUCGAUUCAGGCGACGUCUAUCGAAUUACACGACGUUCUCUAAUUUAAGCCCCAGGUUAUGGAGCCGGUUCCCGAGGCGGAGAGAAUGGAGCAGUUCCACCCCUCUCCUGUUCCGUCUCUCUGCCUCCAAAAUGCCUCCGCCAGUCCCUCCGAGUUUCAGCUUCUAAAGAAACCCCCAACAAUUCGUCGUUCUACAGAUCCCAGUCCGUCACUGCCGAGCUUCUCCUGGACGCCUCCGACGUUUCCAUACCGGCCCCGAACUACAUCACCACUUUCUCGCACCCAUACCAGAUCCAGGUCCGCAGUCAGUCUAACCCAUGGUAUGUCACGGACUCAGUCGAUGCCCGGUGUUACCGCCUCUGGACAUAUACUGUACUCUCCGCAAUUACGCCCAGCCAGCCCUUGUGGAUCACCUAGUCGAGCUCGAGCGCCGCGAAAUCCCGUUGAUGAAGCCUUCCCGACAUCUCCUGUACGCAACUCUGUCCUCGAGAAAGAAAGAAAGGGGCCGGGGCAAACCAUGUCACCGCCCCAGGCCUUUUUGGCUUCCAGUACUACUACGGCUUGCUAUCGGCGUCCAUCCUCUCCGCUUCGCCACGCAACUCACGCCAUAGUAUGUCCCCUUUCUCCUAUACCAACCACACCAUCCUCUGUGCCUCCAUACUCGUGUUCACGAUACCACGAUGCGUUAUCAAACAACUAUAACAACGCAAUACUUAUCCCAUCCUCACCUCUUCCCUCAACGCCUACCUCGGCCAGGUCCCGAAGCCCGAGUAUUUCCAGUUUAGAGACAAUCCCAGAUUCGCCAGACGCCGAAGAGGCAGCCAUGGAAGCUGAAAGGAUAGCUCGGCUGAAGGCCGCUGCUGAGGAAGCGGAAACAGGUGAACCGGCCGUUGACCUUAGGUGUGGGGGCAGCUUUGAUACUCCCACUCGGGGUCGGACAUUAGGUUUCAUCUCCCGGGACAAGAGGAAACGCUGGAGCGUCUGUGGAGCAGAACGGAGAGGUGACAUAGACCUAGAAACUAUCUGGGAGGACUAGUUCCCCCAUGUGGACUGUCAGUCUGACCGCCCGCGCGUCGAUUCCCAGUGCGAGAAACAGGCCGUUUUCCAUUCCCGCUUCGAUUUGUUGCCAAUGCAGUUCCUCUUAGUAUACUCCUAGCCUGGGACGCGUUUUGUCUGUUGUUUUGACCUGGGGGAGCAAUCGUAGCACCUGAAGUUUAUCCUGAUACCCUUUUCUUCACAUAAUUGCAAACAUUUAAAGCCAGCUUCAUUUCUUUAGGUGGGGGAUAAAUAUAUGUAUGUCCUGGGAAUUUCACGAGGGUCUAGAAGAAACAAUAAGAGAUACAUUCUCGACUUGUUCGGCGUUGUAAAGGUAUAAACUGUUCUUGGCAGAGACGAUACGCCUAUAAUUCGGGGUAUAGUAGACGAUAGAUUAAUCCGAGG